UCUGUGCUCAGUCGCUGUUGUGCCGGAGAGGCGGUGCGAUCACCCCGUCCUUCAGCGGCUGCUUGCGCCUGCUUCAGUGUGGAUCUUCGAAGCUAACCUCCAGACGAACACAGCAAGAUUAAGCUCUGCGCCGUUUAUCACCUUUAAAUGCUGCAGGUGAGCUGGGACCAUGCGCUGCCUGGCUGCUCGUGUCAACUAUAAGACCCUCAUCGUCAUCUGCGCCCUUUUCACGCUCAUCACGGUGCUGCUGUGGAAUCGCUGCUCCACCAACACCUCCCUGCGCUUCGUUCCUCGAGCUGCUUUGGUGGCGCCCAGCCCCAACGGGGGCGACGCCAGCAGUCAGCAACACCCCGCGCAACCUCCAGAACCUCCACCGAUUGUGAGCGGAAGCAAGUACGAGGAAAUCGACUGCCUGAUCAACGAUGAGUCCACCGUCAAAGGCCGGCGUGAAGGUGGAGAGAUCUUCAUGCCCUUCAGCUGGAUGGAGAAAUACUUUGAGGUGUACGGCAAAGUGGUGCAGUACGACGGCUACGAUCGCUUCGAGUUCCAGCACAGUUACUCCAAGGUGUACGCCCAACGGGAGCCCUACCACCCCAACGGCGUCUUCAUGUCAUUCGAGGGCUACAACGUGGAGGUCCGGGAUCGCGUGAAGUGCAUCAGCGGAGUGGAAGGUGUUCCUCUGUCCACGCAGUGGGGCCCUCAGGGCUACUUCUACGCCAUCCAGAUUGCCCAGUACGGCUUGAGCCAUUACAGCAAAAACCUGACGGAGCGCCCCCCCCACCUGGUUGUCUAUGACGCAGCGGAGGAGAAAGAUGGCAGGAGCGGCUCUGCGGCUUGGACUGUACCAAAGGGCGCCAGUCUCGGCCGCGUGUACGACAAGAGCCGAGCUUCCUCGGUGCGCCAGUUCAGCGCUCCAGAGUCGUCUGAGGGCGUGUCACUCUCGCUCGACAACACCAAAGACUUCAUCCUCAGCUUGGACAUCAAGUUCACCUCCAACGGCAGCUUGACGGUCAUCCUGGACACCACAGAGAAAGGCCCGCCCUUCGCCAUCCGCUAUGUGACCAGCAGUCAGCUCAUCGCCUUCAAAGAUCGAGACAUCACCUACGGCGUUGGGCCGCGGACCGCCUGGAGCACCCUGACACGAGACCUGCUCACAGACCUCAGGAAAGGCGUUGGUUUGUCCAACACCAAGGCUGUGAAAGCCACCAAGAUCAUGCCCAGGCGAGUGGUGCGCGUGGUCCUCCAUGGGCGGGGCUUUGUGGACAACAUCACCAUCUCCACCACCGCCCACAUGGCCGCCUUCUUCGCCGCCAGCGACUGGCUGCGGCGCAACCAGGACGAAAGGGGCGGGUGGCCCAUCAUGGUCACGCGGAAGCUAGGGGAGGGCUUCCGGCCGCUGGAGCCCGGCUGGUACUCGGCCAUGGCCCAAGGCCAGGCCAUGUCCACCCUGGUGCGAGCCUACCUCCUCACCAAGGACCAGGCUUACCUCAACGCGGCGCUGAAGGCGGUGGGACCCUACAAGGUUCCUUCGGCGCAGCACGGGGUCAAAGCCGUGUUCCUCAACAAAUACGACUGGUACGAAGAGUAUCCCACCUCGCCCGGUUCCUUUGUCCUCAACGGGUUCAUCUACUCCCUGCUGGGACUCUACGACUUGAGCGAGACCGCCGGCGAGAAGCUCGGCAGGGAGGCGGGGCAGCUGUUCAGCCGCGGCAUGGAGUCGCUGAAGGCCAUGCUGCCGCUCUUCGACACCGGCUCGGGGAGCAUCUAUGACCUCCGCCACUUCAUGCUGGGCGCCGCCCCCAACCUGGCCCGCUGGGACUACCACACCACCCACAUCAACCAGCUCCAGCUGCUGGCCUCCAUCGACGGCGCUCCCAUCUUCAGGGACGUGGUGAGGCGCUGGAAAAGCUACUUGAAAGGGAGCCGCGCUAAGCACAACUAGACCGGCUGGACUGGACUUAGACUAGACCACCUAGACCGGCUGGACUGGACCGGAGCGUCAAGACGCUGACUGGAUGCUCGUCCGAACCGGAACAGGAAGCUUUUAUUGCGUGCCGGUCCCAAGUAGCUUACUCGAACUCGAGGUCCGGUGUUGCAGGCGGGGUCGUCUCCGCAGAACUGUUGGUAGCGCGUGCUUGCUUCUCCAAGUAGUCUUUGGAAUUAUGGAAUUAUGGAAUUAUGCACAGGCCGGGUUUGAACAUGCAACGCUUCUGCGUCCCCAGGAAUGACCCCCACUGUCCGAGAUGCAUUCGCCACAACAAUCCUGUAAAUAUGACAGUGAACGCAUCACAAUCUCAUACGUUCUUUCAAUGAUAGCUUAGCACCUUAGUUAGCGCUAUGCUAACACCAACAAGCUACAAAGUGUAGACUUAGUAACGCGGAUGGCCGCCUCUCUGCACAUCCCUAAUAUCAGGGUUCCACAAGUGUGGAAUUUCAACACAUUUCCAGGUCUGGAAAAGUAUGGAGAAAUAAUUCCCGUUUCUUGAUGCCGUUACCACCUUCCUGUUUUCCGAAAGAUCAAAUUAUGAAUUUUUUGAUACUUUAUUCAUUAUUCAUCUCCAAGAGAAAUUCACCUUUCCAGUCCAGGCCGGUGUGUAGUAUAUGCCCCCCCCCAACCCCCCAAGGGAUGAUCUUAGUCUUAGGACAGUGAUAGUAAUCUGCCACUGAAACUGAAUAAGCAUCUCCUAGUCCGAGUCAUGGUUCUCCCCCUAGUGUGGGGUGCCAUCUCCGGGUCGGGGACGAGGAGUUGAAGUACAUUUGGAUCAGGUUCAUGGGGGAGGGCAGGAUGGAACGCGAGAUCACGCCGUCUGCAUCGGUCCCUUCUGGAGAAAAGGCAACGCUCUCAAUUUAGCGGUGGAGCUACGUUCCUACCCUCACCUUUGGUCCGAGCUUUGGGGAUUGACCGGAAGGAUGAGAUCAAUCAACCAACCAAUCAACCAAUCAAUCAACCAACCAAUCAACCAACCAACCAACCAACCAACCAACCAAUCAAUCAAUCAACCAACCAACCAACCAACCAACCAACCAGAAUCAUCUUAUUAGUCCAAUCAUCUGAAGCUGCUUGUUUUGAUGGACCAAGUCAUGAGUUGGUCCUGAAGAACCAAAUGAAUAUGAAGCAACACAAACAGUUGUUGGUUUGGUUGGCAACAUAUCAUAACAUAUCAUAACAUAUCAUAACAUGUCCAUCAUCCAAGUCAAAGCUGAUGCGUGGGAAUAUCUUGUUUUACGGAAAACCCAAACUAUAGCUGCAUCACAUUCCCAAUCACUAAAUAUUCACAUUUGAGGGGCUGGAAUGAGAAGAUGUUUACCUUUUCAAAUCAC